UAUAACCCCUCCAUCUCAACCUCAACCUCAUCCCAACUCCCAACCUCACCACAACACCCACCACCAUGUCCUCCCAAACAGCCCUCGUAACAGGCGCCUCUGGCCUCCUCGGCCGCGCCGUCACAACAGCAUUCAACCGCAAAUCCUGGUCCGUAACCGGCACAGGCCUCACCCGCGCCAAUCCCCCCGCCAUCCUGGCCGUUGACCUCAGCGACGCCGCCGCCGUAGCCAAAUCACUCGAUGAUGUGAAGCCCAGCGUCGUUGUGCAUUGCGCAGCAAACCGCUUCCCCGACUCCUGCGACCGCGACCCCGCCGCCGCCCGCGCCAUCAACGUAGCCGCGACCCGCUCUCUCGCCGAGGAAACCGCCAAGCGUGGCGUCGUCCUCAUCUACAUCAGCACCGACUACGUUUUCUCCGGCGCCCCCGGCGAGGCUCCCUACGAGACCUCCGCCACGCCCGCGCCGACGAAUUUAUACGGGAUUACGAAGCUUGAGGGCGAGAAGGCGGUUGAGGAAGCUUAUGCCGCUGCGGGAGGGAAGGGGAAGGGCGUGGUGUUGCGGGUGCCGGUGCUGUAUGGGAAGGCGGAUAAACAUGCUGAUAGCGCGGUGAAUUGUUUGGUUGAUGCUGUGUGGAAGGCUCAGAAGGAGAAAGUAGUAAUGGACGGAUGGGCAAAGCGUUUCCCAACCAACACCGAGGAUGUAGGGAGGGUGAUUGCUGAUAUCGCCGCGCUCUACACUUCUAAGAUCGAAGCUGGGGAGGCGGAGGGGUUGCCGAGCGUACUGCAGUUUUCGGCGGAGGAUCUGUAUACGAAGUAUGAGAUGUGUGAGAUGUUUGCGCAUUUAAUGGGGUUGGGGCUGGAGAAGAUGGAGAAGGAUGUUAAGGGGAAUGAGGGGAAUACGGGGGUGCAGAGACCGUUUGACUGUCAUUUGAGUACGAGGGCGUUGAAGGAGUUGGGGAUUGAGGUGCAUACCCAGGAUUUUAAGGGGUGGUGGAGGUGGGAGUUGGGUGCGGUGAGGCGGUGAUGGGGUGGAGAGAAGCGGGGGUAGUGAAUAUAAUAUCUGUGUGGAUUUAAACUUGAUAUUAUAGUUGUCCCAUCCCUUGGCUGAGGCAAAGAUAGUGAGGUUCAAAAGCCGAAUCAAUCCUUCCUGCUCAGACCAAUCUCCAAAGAUAACAAAGAAUCAGAAACAAUAUGCAUUGGACGUUACCUACUCUGAUCUCACAUCCCAAAUGAAAAUCACAUUCUUUAAACUUUACUCUAAGCACUAUGCACGAUUUUCAACCCCUAUUCUCACCGCCGACUCGUUCUUGUCACCGCUCCAUGCCGCUGCUGCUGCGUGGCUCACUGCCACUCAUGCACAUACAGUACUUGCGUAAGAAGCUGUGGGAAGAACCAGAGAUACUUAUCGGGCGAAAGGAAAGC